CAUAGUAUUCGCAUUAAAAGAAAUGAAUCUAUAAAAAUCAAAGUUUGGCGUUCAUGAUUGUUCUGUAGAAGUUUUAUUCAGUUUUAUGAUGUUCCAUUUAUCAAUUAUUUAACUAUUCUAUUAUCAUCUAAACAUACAUGUCAUCGCCUAUUUAUCUAACUCGAAAACUAUCGACGUUAUUAUAAUACUAAUUAUAUUCUAAAUUUGAUAUAGUACUGAAUAAAACAACAAUAUAUAACUUUACCGACUUUCAAAAGACAUUAUUUCCACGAUUUGUCUUUAAAGCUUUGACCUAUUUCAUUCCAAACUCUCUAGUAUCUCUUAGUUCCGUCUUCAAUUCAAACAUCAAACAAACACACACAUAUUCUACAUUGAUGUAGCUAGUAAAUAUAUAUAUAUAUAUACAGAGAGUUAGAGAGUUGGAUCAAAAGCACUGAGAACAUCCACUCUUGAUUCAUGGAUGAUGAAAAGUUGUGGAAAGUUUCCAAGAAAGAUUCCAUCUUCGAAACGACUCAUUUCUCUUCAAAACCUGUUUUCACACGAAGCUUCUCAACAAAAACUUCUUCUUCUUCUUCUUCUUCUUCUUCAAAACCCGUUUUCAUACGAAGUUUCUCAACUAAACCCACUUCUUCUUCAAAACCCGUUUUCAUACGAAGUUUCUCAACUAAACCCACUUCGUAUUCUUCAUCAGAGCCCAUCUUUAGACGAAGUUUCUCUGCAAAGCCUGCUCCUUCGAAAUCUUUGUUUCUGUCUAGAAGCAGUUCCACGAAAUGCCAAGCUGAUACAUCUUCUGCUUCCAAGUGUUCCAUCUCUCGGAGCUUGUCACAGAAAGGAGCUUCGGUGACCCGAAAGUGUCGUAAUAUGGCCAAGGAGCACAAGUCUCGGUUUUACAUCAUGAAACGCUGCGUUUUGAUGCUUGUUUGUUGGCACAAACAUGCCUGAGAUUCUUUAUAGAUGUGAAGAAAGAAGAUUAGGUUUUUUUUGUUAAUUCCAAUCAACGAAGAUUAGGUUAUUUAAUUACAGAUUUUAUCUUCUUUUCAUUUUCUUACCCAUCCGUUGAUUUUUUUUCUUUUCUGUUUUAAUGAUAUACUCCUUCCACUUUAAAUUAAAUGUAUUUUGUUUUUAUUUUAUUUUAAAAAGUGUUAUUUAUUCCAUAUUUUGAAAACAAUCUUCACGAAAAUCAAAAUUUACUACUGUUGAUAAAAUCUACUAUUAAAUAAAAAAGAAAAAAAACUGUAAACGUCUAUU